UUCCGCCUCCGAUAACAUUCUCAUUUUGAUUCCGUCCCAACGCGGAGAGAGAAUGGCUCGAUCCAGGGUUACGAUGUCCUCCACCAGCGCAUCUCCGAGCGUCACGACCACCGUAACAAUCGAUGAUCAGGCUCCUCCUCGCCGUUCUGCUUCGUCGCCCUCCCUAAGCAACACCGCCCUGGUUCUGCGACUGAAGAGGGUGAACGAUAAGAAGAAGAAGGUGACCUGGAAGGAAGGCACUGUCGACAAUGAGUUCAUGAAGAAGAAGAGCUCCAAGAAGUGCUGCAUCUUCCACAAGCAGAAGCCCUUCGACGAAGACUAUAGCAGCGAUGAAGAUGGCGAUGCCCCGGAUCACCGGCACCACAACCAUCACGACGAUCAUCACUGCGAUGGAAGUGCUUCAUGCUCUAACGACGGUGGCAAUUGAGGCGGUUCGUUUGGAUUGGUCUUCAGUUUCAGCCGGUGUUUCUGUUCUGCGUAUUUCCCCCCCUAAUGCAGCUGAAUAUGUCUAGUGUUGUUCUUUUGGUUUGCUUGUAUUGGAGGGAGUUACGUUAUUGGCAUUUCUGCUAUUUUCUUUGGCUAUGAUGUAAUUGACUGGAUCGCUGGAUGUUAAAUUGAAAAACAUACACAGUUUU